UCAAUGAAUGAAUGAAUCUUUAACUCUUUGGCUGUGUUCUCCUGAGCCAGAUUUCUUCAUCUUCUUCUUCUCAAUUCGUCUAAUCUUAUCUCUUUAUUCGUCCAAUCUUCCCUGUCUAUCUCUGAUAUUCUUCUUAUCUACCGGAUCUUGAUACGAAUUGUACUAAGAACAGUACAUUUGGCAUCAGAGCCGUUUCUAUCCAUGGCGGAGGUGGCUGUAAGGUGCGAAUUAAUGGAUUUGCAGUUGAAGUAUAUUAAGUUUUCCUUGGAUAUGCCCUUACCAAAUCGAGAAGUUAACCUUCAGAUAACAGAUAUGAUGAUUACCAUUACAAAGAUGAAGUUGAAUUCAAUGAUGGCACUCUCCAAAUAAAAAAAUCGACAAUCAUCUAGGCAACAGUUUGUUAAAGAAGUUGGGGUUAUGGAGGAAAUGAACAGUAAGGAAGGGAAUUCUACAAAUCCAACUCCAAUUUCCGACCUAAUUUGUGAUUCUAAUUCUCAAACUCCAAUUCCAGAUGAUGUUGGAUCUCAAAUGUUCAAAUCAAUUUCCAGGGGUAUUGAAGAGGAGUCUCUCGAUUUUGAAGUGGUUCCGUCGUUUUUAUUUGAGGAAAAAGAAAAUUCAAUUCCUACUGUUAUUGAUGAAGAAGAUGACCUUGAUUUGGAAUUAAUUCCUCCAUUUUUCUUUGAUGAGAACGAAGAUGACGAUUCACUUAAUGGUAUGAGCUUACAAUUUGAAGAAGUUUCAAAACAAAAGCUAAUUAGUUUCUCAAAGUUAAAUCAAGUCAAGAUUGAUAAGGUAAAUAAUUCUUCCCCAGUUUUGUUCAACAAUUUUGAGAAGAAUUUCGAUAAUCUUAAAUGCUUGAGGGAGUUUUUCAUUCUAGACAACAAGGUAAACGGUAUCAAUUAUUUUUAUCUUCAUUUGAAUGAUGUUCGACCGCUAUUUGACAGAGGUAAAUAUGUUAUUGUCUUAUCGAUUUCUUAUGAGAAUUUGGUAAAUAUAUGGAUUCCUAGCCUGGGGUACCAGUCAGAUUUUCAGUAUACACAUUUGAUUGUUAGUUCAUGUGUUAAUUCUGUUGAAAUCCAUGGUGAGACUAAGGUGUUUGUUCAAAUGUCAGAGAAAGGCAAAAUUGUGUUGGCUAGAAUAGUUUCUUUUGAUAUGGCUUAUCAGUUGAUAGUUCAAAUGCUUGUGAUGCGGAGAGAAUUAAUUCUUCUUUUGCAGCUAAAGUGUGGUUUGUCUCAUGAGAAGACAGUCCUACAACUUAACUCAUUGGACAGUGUUCAGAUCCCAUUGGACAGUAUUCAUCGUGUCUUUAAGUUUGUCUUUAAGUUUGUCUCUUUCGAUACGCUGCUUAACAUUCUUCAUGGGUCCUUGGAAUUUCAAGUAUUGCAACCUUGGAUUCUCUUAUAUUAUAUAUUUUUGUUCUGUGGGGAUCAUGGUUCUUGUUUUUGUAGACAUCUCAAGGUAACAGAUAUUCCAGCAACUAGGAUGUAUGCUUAUGUGGUUCAGUUCUUAAAUCCUGCUAGUAAUUUUGUGUUAUUACAUUGCUAUUUUCGUAUGAGAACCAACACAAUUAUUGGAGAUUGUUCUAGGCUUUCCAGAAUGGAUGUUUUCCUGCCUUAUCCAAUGCCUACAUCUGUGAUCUAUGGAAGUGUUGCUACUUUAGGUGAAGGUAUGCAAGUAUAUCGAUAUUCAGCUGAUGUUCACUCUAGGUUUUAUGCUAGACAUAAAUCUUAUAGCUUAUAUCGACUAUUGAGUCUAAUUUACCAAACCAUGGAAGUCUAUAUCAAGUUUCAGUUCUAUGUCAGAGUAUUGGAAACUCAUAGAUGGUUCACUGUGGAUUAUACUCUACAUGCGCUGCGAGUGGAGAUUUUAUUGAGCUGUGAAUGAGUUUCGGCAGUUUUCUGGAGUGUGAGAAUUUCCUUGGCGCAACUGUUAGAUUUGUGGCUCUCACCAACAAUGAUUUCUGGUUGGGAAAAAUCUCUCGCGAUAGGAGUUAACUUGCUUGGUUGGUCGGAUACUCAUAUCCUGCUGAAAUUGCUUACAUCUGAGGACUAUGAGAAAAUUUUGAUGAGUAAAAGAGUUGCACAUUAUGUGGAAAAGCAUUGCAACACAAGAAGUUUGAGUUUCAAAGAUGAUUAUCUCAUUAUGCUUCUUAGACAAGAUCCUCACUGUACAUUCGCUUUUGCCAAGGUAUACUUCCUCAUACCCAUAAGACUGAAUACUUCUAUAUGUGUUAGUUCACCAGCUGCUGAAUAUUGUCGACUCAUAUUUGAUCGUGGUAAAGAAGUAAAACAUGUUAAGAGGCAUUCUCCUUUAUGAUACAAAUAUUUCCAAAUUAUAUAUUACUUCUUACUUGUUUGUUAGUAAUGGGUUGAUUUUCAUGGAUGCUUGUAAUGGUGAAUCUGCUCAUGAGUUCUUUUUUAAUACUGGGUACCAUCUAGUCCUGUUGAUUGGAAUGUCGAAUGUGUUUGAGUUUGCUAUCAAGGGUAAUAGGUGUGAUGCUAGUAAGCUGGUUAAUGAAAUGCCGCAGCAUGAUUAUAUUUUCUGGUCUACUUUGAUACUACAAGUGGCAAGGGAAAAAUGAGUUUGGUAUUGCAUCAGAACUGUCUGGCUAGUUACUUAUCAGAGUUACUAGUCUUGCUCGAAUGCUAAAAGAUGAAGAGGAAUUCAUGAAGAUGGAAAUACCCUCCAAGGCUUUUAUAUGGUUGGUAAUGAGAAUUGGAAGAAUUCAAGGUUCGUACAACAGCAUGGUUAUGCGAUGGGCACAAUUCAAGCUCUGAAUAUUUCUUUAUUCAUUGAUAUAGCAGUGGGGAAAGGAAAAGCAAGUUACUUCUCUAUACUUACCAGUCUAAACUCAUGCUCACUAGUGAUAGCUUACUGAAGAAACCUUACAAGCACAGUACUUUUGGGUUGAAUGGUCAAGUUCUUGCUACUGCAAAAGAACCAUCUCUGGGCCAGCUUAUCAUUCUUACCAUAAUUUUUCAGAUAUUAUCGACUUCUUUCAAGGAACUAAUUGAGUUAUCCAACUAUGCUAUUAUGGGUCUCCUUCUAAGUUGUGGGUGGAGGCAAUUAUCCUUGUGUGUAGAAAACAG